AUGAGCCCGAGAGUGACUCUAGUCGGGCUGAUAUGGACUACUCAAAAGGUUGCAGAGGAUCAAGCGCCGCCACCCGUUGGAAUUGGAAGAUGUGAAGCCGAAGAAUUACAGGGCUUUUAUGCAGAGCAAGGAGGCCAAGAAAUCCGCCUUUAUUUCACUGUCGAGCGGAGUGGUUCCGACGAACCGUUCUACAAUCCUGCGGAGCACAUCGAGAAGGCGAGAGAAUUUGUGAGUAACUUCCGCGCUGCCACCCGGAAAAGCCCAACACCCCACGAGAGAUCUCGUUUGGUAGGGAUGUGGGCCACGGCCCCCACCGAAAUACCCCGAGACGAAAGAUAUUGCCUGGAAGACAUGAAAGGUUCGGCUGGAGGCAGCUGUGGGCAGGCUGUGGACUCUGGGGCGCCCAAGGAGAGCCAGCCCGUCUUGGACGACGUGGUGGCGGACUUGGCGUUGGCCAAAUCGGAAAGGCCUCUCUUGGCCACUCGUCGGCUUGCCUACCCUACCUGUUUCCGCCCCCGCGACUUCUGGAUUGGGCGGUACCGAGUCGGUCCCGAUGCCGCCUGCUACUUGCCCCCUACGGGUGGUCGGAAAGCCGACUUGACCCAAAAGCAACUGCACGAGAUUGCACCGGUCCGUGUGCCCUGCGUUGCGCCUCAACGGAUUUGGGCGUCAUUGGUCCGAAAUGUGAUACAUGGCUAG